CUGCCAUCUCUCUCACUUCAUCCGAGUGAAUUUAGUGGGUGAGCAGACAGCUGGACUGAGCUUAGGACCACCGACCAUCUCUGAACCGCCACAACCACCCUCACCAUCAUGGGGCUAACCAACGAUCCCAACUACCGAAAACUGGAGCAAUGGUACAAAUCAAACGCUGGAGGUCUGAACAUGAGGCAGAUGUUCGACGGAGACAAGGACAGGUUCUCCAAAUUCAGUUUAACCCUCAAUACAGAUGAUGGAGACCUACUUCUGGAUUAUUCAAAGAACCUCAUCAAUGAAGAUGUGAUGAAGAUGCUGUUUGCCAUGGCAAAGUCAAUUGGUGUGGAAGAAGCCAGAUCCCAGAUGUUUGGUGGUGAGAAGAUCAACUUUACUGAGGGCAGAGCUGUCCUCCAUAUUGCCCUGAGGAACCGAUCUAACACUCCCAUCAUGGUGGAUGGAAAAGAUGUCAUGCCUGAGGUGAACAGAGUUCUGAAGAAGAUGAAAGACUUCUGUCAUAGAGUGCGCAGUGGAGAGUGGAAAGGCUUCAAUGGUAAGACCAUCACUGAUGUGGUCAACAUUGGCAUUGGAGGAUCUGAUUUGGGUCCUUUGAUGGUGACAGAAGCACUAAAGCCAUACUCCAAAGGUGGUCCUAACGUCUGGUUCGUCUCCAACAUCGACGGGACACACAUGGCUAAGACAUUAGCCCAGCUGAAUGCGGAAACCACUCUCUUCAUCAUUGCAUCCAAGACAUUCACUACCCAGGAGACAAUUACUAAUGCUGAGACCGCAAAGGAAUGGUUCCUGCAGACAGCAAAGGAUCCGUCUGCAGUGGCCAAGCAUUUUGUGGCUCUUUCCACCAAUGCGCCCAAAGUGAGCGAAUUUGGGAUCGACACUGAGAACAUGUUCGAGUUCUGGGAUUGGGUUGGUGGGCGGUACUCGCUGUGGUCUGCUAUUGGUUUGUCAAUCGCUCUGCACGUAGGUUUCGAUAACUUCGAGCAGCUUCUUGCUGGUGCCCACUGGAUGGAUAAUCACUUCUGCUCAGCUCCACUGGAGCAGAACGCCCCUGUUCUGCUGGCUCUGCUGGGAAUCUGGUAUGUCAACUUCUUCCAGGCUGAGACUCACGCCUUGCUCCCCUACGACCAGUACAUGCACCGCUUUGCAGCUUACUUCCAGCAGGGCGACAUGGAGUCAAAUGGAAAAUAUAUCACCAAAAAUGGCACGCGUGUGAACUACCACACUGGACCCAUCGUAUGGGGAGAACCAGGGACCAAUGGACAGCAUGCAUUCUACCAGCUCAUUCACCAAGGAACGCGUAUGAUUCCUGCUGACUUCCUCAUUCCUGCACAGACUCAACAUCCAAUCAGAGAUAAUCUGCAUCACAAGAUACUGAUGGCGAACUUCCUGGCUCAGACCGAGGCACUGAUGAAGGGUAAGACUUCAGAUGAGGCCAGAAAAGAGCUUGAGGCAGCUGGCAAGAGUGGAGAAGCUCUUGAGAAACUCCUUCCUCAUAAAGUAUUUGAAGGAAACAAGCCAAGCAACUCAAUCAUUUUCAAGAAACUCAGUCCUUUCAUGCUGGGGGCACUGGUUGCCAUGUAUGAGCACAAGAUCUUUGUGCAAGGCGUAAUGUGGAACAUCAACAGCUAUGACCAGUGGGGUGUGGAGCUGGGGAAACAGCUGGCUAAGAAGAUUGAGCCUGAGCUGCAGGAUGAUUCUGAAGUCCAUUCUCACGAUUCUUCCACCAAUGGGCUCAUCAGCUUCUUCAAGAAAAACCGCGCUUGAAUUACCUGAUCCCUCUCCUUACUGCCUCACUUCUCUGAUGGGAACAAUGGAUUACGUAUUAUGCCCCGACAUAGUCCAGGCUUGGUAGGCCUAACUGAAGAGGAAGAGCACUUUACAUAUGUCACCAUUUAUUGUGUACUUGAGUGUCUUUGUGCAUUGUGAGAUUUGACUGUAAAAGUAGACCUAAUAACCAGUAAGGGAAUCCCCAUUACUGUAUGUGCUGCAAGUUCUGGAAUGCUGUAACCCUUCUCAACACGUUUACCCUUUGCUUAGUCAACACUGACUGACCAAAAUAAAUGUCUAAUUUGUCACCUAAAA